AUGAAUCCUAUGACAAAUAUUAAAAAUGUUCUCAAGCUAAGUGAACGCGAAUUGUCAGGCAAUUCUAAAAGUUCUUGGCACGAUCAGUAUAAAAACAGCGCUUGGAUAUUUAUUGGUGGACUGCCUUAUGAUCUCACAGAAGGCGACAUUAUUUGUGUUUUUUCCCAGUAUGGAGAAAUUGUUAAUAUUAAUUUAGUAAGAGACAAAGCAACUGGAAAAUCGAGAGGGUUUGCAUUUAUCUGUUAUGAAGACCAAAGAUCAACUAUAUUAGCAGUUGAUAAUUUAAAUGGAAUUAAGAUAUUAGGAAGAACAAUAAGAGUUGACCACUGUGAACAAUAUAAAGCACCUAAUGCUGAAAUGUCAAAGUUGGAUGAAAUUACAGCUUCCAUCAGAACAGAAGGAUGUGCACCGAGUAUUCAGCAUCAACUUGUGACAGAUAUCAAAAAGGAAAAUAAGAAAAGGACACACAAAGAAAAGAAAAGUAAAAAGAAGAAGAAAAAGAAAAGUCGAAGUUCAGAUUCUGAGUCAUCUAGCAAAUAA